AUGGCGAUGGGCGCCGCCGGCGGUGCCGAGGCGGCGGGUGGGACGUGGGAGAUGUUGCGUCAGAGGCUGCCCUGGGGCCAGCCGCUCAGGCAGCCGCGGUACUACGAGCACGUGUCGCACGACAUCCCGAUGAGGGAGUCAAGGGCCACGAGCUACCGGCUGCCGCUGCUCAGGGCGCAGGGUUACGCCUACCGCCUGCCCAGGCACGCGAGGCUCGCAGAGGCGAUCGGUCCCGUCAUCGGGGCCACCGGCGCGAUAACGUUGGUGGUACACAUUCUGCCGGUCCAGCAGGCGCGCCGAUUCCCGCUGGUGAGAGCGCAGUCGUUGGUGGACGGCCAGCUGCUGCAGGCGCUGGGCACGCCAGCCCUAGAGGCGAGGCAGCUGCCAGGCUGGCUCGCGGCCGACGCGGAGCUGGGCCAGAUGCUUGCGGAUCAGAGGCUCCACGAGCGGCUGCACGAGGCUGGCCUCCAAGACUCACGUGGAGGUGCAGGCACGGCAGGCAUCGCGCCUGAUCUUGAUUUGGAUGCCUCUCAGCUGGAGUCCGAGGAGGCGCAGGCGUGGCAGGCGAUCUACCAGUCCAUGGCCCAGGAGCUUCGUGACGACUCCUUCCACGGCACCAUCGGGAAGAGAUUGGAGAAAUGGCUGGCUGAAGAUGGCGAGGUGGUACCCGGAGACCUCCAGGACCAGAUCGAGGAUGAUGAGCUUCAGCGGGCUGCAGUUCGCAUAGCUUUGAAGUACCACCUGUACAACAUCACCCGUCACGAAAUCGCAGACUGCACCUACGACUACAACGUGCACACUAGUGCCCUGAGUGCUGCCCUGCAGCGCGUCUAG